UCAAGGUUUGAUAUUAUGAGGGGGAACAUAGAAUUUGAGCGUGUUGUUAAAUAUUUUGAUGAAGAUGGGGACGGUAAGAUUUCCCCAUCGGAGCUUAGGAACAGGAUGGGCAUGAUGGGUGGUGAGUUAUUGUUCAAAGAAGCUGAAAUGGCUAUUGAGGAGUUGGAUUCGGAUGGUGAUGGGUUGUUGAGUUUGGAUGAUUUUGUGAAACUGAUAGAAGCGACAGGAGAAGAUGACAAAUUGAAGGACUUGGAAGAAGCUUUUGAGAUGUAUAAUGACACUGAAAUUUGUGGCUUUAUAACACCCAAAAGCUUGCAAAGGAUGCUUGGUAGGUUAGGAGAAUCAAAAUCCAUGGAGGAAUGUAGAGCUAUGAUUGGCCACUUUGAUUUGAAUGGGGAUGGCCUUCUUAGCUUUGAGGAAUUUAGGAUCAUGAUGCAGUGA